CCUGUGUGUCACAUUUAUAUGGGUCCGUCGAACAGCAACAACAACACAUGUGAGCGGAGCUGCUGCAGAGUCGCGAUGUUUUCCGGUUUAAAAGAGAAAGUCGGGGAGGUUUUGUUACCGGGAGAUGAAUUCUCCUUAGAGACCGACGACACCAUCUCUCUAACGGAGCACGUGAAGCCGGAGAAGGUGGUGUGUGGUCCGGGUCUGAGGCGGAGCGGAGACCGGCUGCUGGUGUGUAAAAGCGGCGUGCUGCGACACAAACAGCCCAACAUGUUCUGGAUGGAUUCACAGCAGAGGAGGUAUGUCCCGGCUAAAGGAGAGACCGUCAUCGGCAUUGUGACGGUCAAAUCAGGAGACGUCUUCAAGGUGGACUUUGGAGGAAGUGAGCAGGCGUCUCUGUCCUACCUGGCGUUUGAGGGAGCGACCAAGAGGAACCGCCCCAACGUCCAGGUGGGGGACCUGGUGUUCUCUCAGUUCAUCAUAGCCAAUAAGGACAUGGAGCCGGAGCUGGUGUGUAUGGACAGUUCAGGACGAGCCAAUGGGAUGGGAGUAUUUGGAGGAGGCGGGCUGCUCUUCAGCGUCUCUCUGGGACUCGUCAGAAGACUGCUGUCCCCCCACAGUGGCGUCCUGUCCGACCUGCAGCAGCUGUUUCCCUGCGAGCUGGUGGUCGGGAUGAACGGCCGUCUGUGGGUGAAGUCCUCCAGCGUUCAGCAGACGCUCGUCAUCUCCAACCUGCUGCAGAGCUGCGACACCAUGACGGCCCAGCAGAGACAGCAGCUGUUCAGGAGGGUGGCACAGGGGGCGCUGUAGAGCCACCAAACUGCUGAUGCACCAGGUGUGUGUGGAGCACCUCUCGGGUCACAUGGAAGAAAGAAGCGUGUAAAUCUGUGAACUGCAGUUGGGCGGUCGUACAAAUAAAGAAAACAGUUCUUAGUUAUUGUGAAUUCUACAGCGAGGUGUCACAUUUGACUCAUGACGUUGUUUUGAUGUGAUGAUCCAAGAUGGCGGCGCGCACAGACGACGUUGAGUUACUCUUUUGUUCUGGAAGCGUCCUUCGUGUAGCAGACGUUAUAUUCUCUUCAUCACGUCGUGUUGGUAAUGAUGCUAGUUGGAUUUAACGCCGUCACCACAGGAUGCUGAUGAUUCUUGUUUGCCAGAAUGUGUCGUGAUGCUAAAUGUCGAUUUGCCUAAAAUCUAAUAAAUGUAAUAAAAUACUUUCAUACAUCUA